UUAAACCAACUUAUCUUAAUUUUUGUAUCCCACAAAGCAAGUUAGGUCUCUAUUGGUUGUAUCUACUUUGACAAAACAGUAAGAUCCAAUUUGGUCAAAUUUGGGCAUGAAAACACAGAUAAUGACACAUGGUAACAUACAAAAUAAAAAUGAAAAUACAAAGCACAUAUAUAACACACAAACACAUACACAGAAAGGCACCUAAACAGACCAUAACUUUCUAAUGGAGAUCAAGCUAUGGGUUUCUUUAAUCGUGGUUUCUGCCAUUAUGACCUCUGCUUUAGGGGAAUUUGGAGGACCACUAGUGAAGGGUUUCUACAAAGAGAGUUGCCCAUUAGCAGAAGAAAUAGUGAAGCAUAACGUUGAGGUUGCUGUUCUCAAAGAUCCUCGCAUGGCAGCUUCUCUUCUCCGUCUUCAGUUCCACGACUGCUUUGUCUUGGGCUGUGAUGCGUCUGUGUUAUUGGAUACUCAUGGAGAUAUAUUGAGUGAGAAACAAGCAACUCCGAACGUGAACUCUUUGCGUGGGUUUGAAGUUAUUGAUUACAUAAAGUACCUCCUUGAAGAAGCUUGUCCUUUAACCGUCUCUUGUUCCGACAUCAUCACCAUGGCAGCUCGUGACUCCGUCUUCCUGAGAGGUGGACCAUGGUGGGAAGUAUACCUAGGGAGAAGAGACUCGCUCAAGGCCAGCUUCGCCGGCGCAAACCAAUACAUUCCGGCACCAAACACUUCCCUCGAAGGCCUCAUCGUAAACUUCAAGCAACAAGGCCUUGACAUUCAAGACCUCAUCGCUCUUUCCGGCGCUCACACAAUAGGUAAAGCGAGAUGCUUGAGCUUCAAGCAACGCAUCGUUCAACCGAACAUGUUGCAAACAUUUUAUGUGGAUGAGUUCAAGAGACACAGCACGUUCCGGAGGAUCCUACGGUCGCAGUGCAAAGACUCUAGCCGGGACAACGAGCUGUCACCUUUGGAUCUACAGACUCCGGCUUACUUUGAUAACCAUUAUUACAUCAAUCUUUUGAAGGGGAGAGGGUUGUUGAUUUCGGAUAACGUUUUGGUUAGUGAAGAUCACGAAGGAGAGGUUUUCAAGAAGGUUUGGGAGUAUGCAGUGGAUCAAGAUCUCUUCUUUGUGGAUUUUGUGGAAUCUAUGUUGAAAAUGAGCAAUAUUAAUGUUCUUACGGGUGUUCAAGGUGAGAUUAGGGGGAAUUGUAGAUUUGUUAAUAUAUGAAUUAAGAGAAUAAACACUUGAAUUAAUAUUGGAGUU